CGCCGUUCCGUCGCAUUCAUUCCCUCUCUUCAGCUCCGUCCUUGUCCGUCGCCGUCGGCCCUCCAUCUCGCUUCGGUCUCUCACUUUCCGUCGCCGUCGCCGUCAUAGAAACGUCGCCUUCGCCGUCAGCGUCUCCGUCGCCGUCGCCGUCCCAACAAACCGCAGGGAAUAGGCUUGAAAAGGCUUCACAACAUAAGCUUUUAGAGAAGGUAGUUGCAUAGUGAUAUUGCAGUAUGGCUGCUGUUCCUGCUCAGCUCCCUGAUGAGUUUGGUCCUGAGCCCACUGACGAUUCAGUGUUAAGGUUUAUAAAAACACAUCGAGCGUGCGCUGUUUGGGAAGGCAAGGAUCCAGGGCCACUGAAAUGCCGCGGUCGUAAUGACGAGUUCCGAAAACGACGCCGGAUAGUGGUGGAUGAUCGUAUCGUCGACAUUGUGAAGAGAGUUGGAUUAGAGGGGCUGUAUAGGACCCCAGGUAGAGAGAUUGAUCAUAACCUGAUCACGGCCUUCGUUGAGCGAUGGCGGCCUGAAACCCACACCUUCCACCUGCCACAUGGUGAGACAACGAUCACAUUACAAGAUGUGGAGGUUCUUUUUGGGAUUCCAAUCGAUGGUGAGGCAAUUGUUGGAACAACUGACUUGACAUGGAAAGAUGAAUGUCAGAGUCUGCUUGGAAUUGCUACUAAUGACACCACGCUUAAAGGACAAAGGAUCCAAAUAAAGAAGCUACUAGAAAAAAUUGACGAAGGGUUGCCCGAUGAUGCAACAGAGGUGGUUGUGCAUCAAUAUGCACGAUGUUAUAUCCUAGCACUCCUGGCAGACACAAUUUUCGCCGACAAGUCUGGUGAUAGGGUGCAUACGAUGUGGUUGCAGAUGCUGAGGAACCUUCGGAAUCCACCUCAGUACAGUUGGGGGAGCGCUUGCCUUGCAUGGCUGUACAGAGAGUUAUGCAAGGCAACCGACAGAGGUGCUAGUCAGAUUGGUGGGGCCUUGUUGCUAGUUCAGUAUUGGGCAUGGGUCAGAUUCCCUUUUUUGUGCCCAAGGAUGGACCUCCCACCAGAUGGUGCAUAUGGCCCACCAUUUGCACCUUCUCCAUUGUCUAUUAAGUAAGUCUCUUCCUUGACCGAUUCUCUCUAUUG